AUGGCUCCAAGGACUAACGGCGUCGGGAUUCGGCCCGAGGAAACCCGCAUCUGCGUGGUGAUGGUUGGGCUUCCAGCUCGCGGGAAAAGUUAUAUUGCCCAAAAAGCUCAGCGAUACCUCAAGUGGCUCUCGAUCCCCGCGGCGACCUUCAAUGUGGGCAAUUACCGGCGCAACGACGCCCCCCAUCCCUCAGCUGACUUCUUCGACACCAACAAUGCCGAAGGCGAGCGCAAGCGACGGGCUGCGGCCGAGGCUGCCGUGGCAGACAUGAUGAAGUGGUUCAAGAGCGGUGGAGUGGUUGGUAUUCUCGAUGCGACAAACAGCACCAAGGAGCGCCGGAAAUGGGUGCUCGACCGAAUCAACCAAGAAGGUGUCGACGUCAUAUUUGUCGAGUCCAAAUGUGACGAAGAGGAGCUCAUCAUGGCCAACAUUCGGGAUGUCAAGACUACUAGUCCGGACUACCAGGGCCAGGACCCAGAGCAAGCCGCGCUCGACUUCCGAAACCGCAUCCGCAACUACGAAAAGGUGUACAAGACCAUCAACGCCGACGGGGACGAGGAUCAUCUGACCUACCUCAAGAUCAUGAACGUGGGACGACAGGUCAUCAUCAACCGCAUCCAGGAUUACCUUCAAAGUCGUAUAGUGUAUUAUCUUAUGAACCUUCACAUCCGGCCCAGAUCAGUCUGGCUCUCUCGGCACGGCGAGUCUAUGCUCAACCUGGAGGGCCGCAUCGGUGGUGAUGCCGAUUUGUCUCACCGCGGUGAAGAAUAUGCGCUCAAGCUCCCCGAGCUGGUUCUCGAAUCUGUAGGUAGCGACCGGCCGUUGACGGUCUGGACAUCGACCCUGAAACGCACCAUUGCGACGGCCCGUCACUUGCCAAAACACUACAACCAAUUACAAUGGAAGGCGCUCGACGAGCUCGACGCUGGUGUCUGCGACGGCAUGACGUACCAGGAGAUCGCCGACAUGUACCCUGAAGAUUUCCAGGCUCGCGACGAAGACAAGUACAACUACCGCUACCGCGGCGGUGAGAGCUACCGGGAUGUAGUGAUCCGCCUCGAGCCCAUCAUCAUGGAACUGGAGCGCAGCGAGGACAUUCUCAUCAUUUCUCACCAAGCCGUCAUUCGUUGCAUCUAUGCCUACUUUAUGCAAAAGACACAAGAAGAAAGCCCCUGGGUACCAGUACCGCUUCACACGCUCAUGAAGCUCACGCCGCGGGCCUACGGCACCGAGGUACAAAUCUACAAGGCUGAAGUCAAGGCCGUCAGCACGUGGCGUGGCAAGGGCAGCACCGCUAAGCACGAGGAUCCCAAGCCGGAGGGUGGCGUAUGA